UAUACACAACAUCAGCGCUAGCGCCGUUCGCCGUGUCUCCAGAACCCAGAAGGCCUUGUGACUGGUCACGCUCGCGCGACACGACUUACCGCUCCAUUUAUAGCCCAUACCAACUAUGGGAGCGGGUGGUGCAGGCACCGGAGAUCGGGAGGGGGGCAUUAAGCUCGUGGGCUACAAGAAUUUCGUGCGCCAGAACCCGCUUUCAGACAAAUUCACCGUCCACAAGUUUCAUCACAUCGAUUUCUGGUGCGGAGAUGCAACAAACACAUCGAAGCGGUUCUCCUACGGCCUGGGCAUGCCGCUGGUCGCCAAGUCCGACCAGUCCACCAACAACCAGCUCUUUGCCUCCUACGUGCUGCGCUCCAACGACCUGGUCUUCACCUUCACCGCGCCCUACAGCCGCAAGUGCGCCUCGGUCAGCGAGGGCGUUCCGCUGCGUCACUACAACAUCGACCAUGCGUAUGAGUUCAUCAACUCGCACGGGCUGGCGGUGCGGGCAGUAGGCCUGCUGGUGGAUGACGCCAAGACGGCGUACGAGGUGUCUGUGGCGCACGGGGCCAAGGGCGUGCUGCCGCCGGUGGAGCUGCGGGAUGAGGCGAGCGGCACCAGCCAGGUCAUCUCGGAGGUGCUGCUGUACGGCGAGGUCGUGCUGCGCUACGUGUCGGGCUCCUUCCAGGGCCCCUUCCUGGCCGGCUACACGCCCGUCACAGACUCGGCCGUGACCUCCUUCGGCCUGCAACGUCUGGACCACGCGGUGGGCAACACCCAUGACCUGAUCAAGGCCGUGGAGUACAUCACCGGCUUCACAGGUUUCCACGAGUUCUCAGAGUUUGUUGCGGAGGACGUGGGCACUGUGGACAGCGGCCUGAACAGCAUGGUGCUGGCCUCCAACAACGAGGCAGUGCUGCUGCCUGUGAACGAGCCCACCUUUGGCACGCCGCGCAAGAGCCAAAUCCAGACCUACCUGGAGCAGAACGAGGGGCCGGGGCUGCAGCACCUGGCGCUGCUCAGCAACGACAUCUUCACCACCCUGCGGGAGAUGCGCGCGCGCAGCGAGCUGGGUGGCUUCGAGUUCAUGCCACGGGCAAAUGCCAAGUACUACAAAGACAUGUACGCCCGCAUCGGCGACUCGCUCACGCCGCAGCAGUACAGGGAGGUGGAGGAGCUGGGCAUCCUGGUGGACAAGGACGACCAGGGCGUGCUGCUGCAGAUCUUCACCAAGCCGCUGGGCGACCGGCCCACGGUGUUUAUUGAGAUCAUCCAGCGUGUGGGCUGCAUGCGGGAGGUGAAAGAGCCUGCUACGGGCGCUGUGGUGGGGACGGAGCAGGCGGCUGGCUGCGGCGGCUUCGGGAAAGGCAACUUCGGUGCCCUCUUCAAGUCCAUUGAGGACUAUGAGCGCACCUUAAAUGUUUAAGCUGAUUGUAACUGAAGUCACGGGAAUUAGAAUGCAGAUAGAAACAACCGGAAGGUGCAGAGAGCCAGCGGACUACCAGGACUUGCAAAUGACAGUGAUUCAAACAAAUGCAAUCACCCGGUAGUUGAAGUGUACCGCGUUCUUACUAGGCAAGGUGCGAAGAGGGCUGACGUGAUGCGCUGGUGUUCUGGUGUCAGGGUAUGAAGCUGUUGCGCACUGUUGCAUGAGCAGUUGCAGGCUGGUGUGUGCAAGGGGUUAAGAGGUUGUGAGUGUUUGCAGUUACAGAGGGUGCGCGCAGGCGGUGAGGGCAAGAACUAACCGGUACGUAAUGAUAGAUGCCAGCAGGAUUUGGGGAUGAGCAGGAGGGAUUUGCGAGUUGCCCAGGCAUCCUUAUGGAGUCAUGGUGUAUGCGCGGCAAGAUCGCUUGAGGCAGUGCAUGUUCCACGUAGCUAUCGCCUACCGGUAUUGCAUGUCACCAGGAGCAAACCACAGGUUGCUCAUGCCUAUAUCGGGUAAUCAGGGAUCCCUUGCAAGGCAAGGAAUACAGUUGUACCUCAUGGCCUGACGA